AUGUACCGCUUGCGGGUGUUGUCGGCGGCGGUUGUGGGGCUUGUGCAGUUGUCACGGCGUUACCAUGGUGAGGCUGUAAGGGGCGGGGCCAGUAGGAGGAGACUGAUGCUUGCAGCUCUGGUGGGUGUGACCUCGGCCAACGCUGGACUGCUCUGGACGAGAGCCUACGCAGACGCCGAUCCGUCCGUCAAGCACAGCCAGCGUCCCGAGGAGAAGGAGGAGCAGUUUGUGAAAGAGGCUGAGUCUGAGAGUUUUGUGGAGGCCAGUGGCAGAGAGGAGGGUGAGGAAGACGGAGGGGACGGAAAAAAGAAGAAGAAACAACGAACAGGAUUUCGUGACCGCAAGGUGAUGGAGUAUGAGAAUAGGAUAAGAGCCUACUCCACUCCAGACAAGAUCUUCCGUUACUUCGCCACGCUGAAGAUCAUCAGUGAGCAGGGAGAUGCAGAGGUUUACAUGACUCCACACGACUUUGUCCGCUCAAUCAGCCCAAAUGAGAAACAGCCAGAGAGUGAGUCUAAAGUUUAA